AUGUUGGGCCUUUUUGGAUGGGUGUCGCUCUUAUUUGAGCCACUCGCAUUUGAUAUCCCCCCGAUUGAACCGCAACCUCGUCUGCGUGCUGAGAGUCAACAGGUCAUCCCCGCUCAUGGCCCCUGGGAAGAUAUCAUCACCGGCGAUUACGGUCAUCCCCCGGUUCUCCGAAUCCAUGACCGACAGGGUGUGGUGAAAUGGAGUUGGGAACGGGCGGAUGUCACGCAGGAUCUGCCUCCUCGUAUUCGGAGCGGGCUCUACAGCAAUGCGAAUGAUGCGACCGACAUGAAAUGGAUGCGAGGGGGUACGAGUGUCGCCGCCAUCUACAGCAGCCUCAUCGUCGUCAUCAACCAUACGCCCGACCAACCCUCCAUCGAUAAGAAGAUCACCUUCGCGCUCAGCAGAGACACUCCGAUGCUUUGGAAUGCCCACACUCUGGAACCGUUACCAGGGGACCGCCUAGCGGUGGGCACCACCGGCCAGCGGCCCUGGGAUGGCAUCCAAGUCUACAACAUCAGCACGGCCAACCCCCUUGUCGACGAACCUCCGGUCCUACAAACCAUCGAGGGCUUACGAGCCAUCCACGCCAUGAUCUGGGAUGAACAGGGUCAGAUGUUGUGGGCGGCGGGAACCGAUGCGGCGGCGGAUGGCUCGGAUCCGGUGCCUGCCUACGGCGUUAUCCAGGGCUACCCAUUCGAUGCCGCAACAGGUCUCCUGCGUGAAGAUGAGGCCUAUCGAUUCCGAUUCCCACACUACUACGAUAUUGAUACUGAAUGGGGGCACGGGUACAGCUGGUGGUCAGGACCGCAUGACCUUGUGCCUGUCCCCAACGAGCGAGUGUUCCUCGUCUCCAACGACAUCGGCCUACAUGCGUUUGACAUUGCGACGAUGCAGUUUACAGCCGCCUACGAGGAAGUCAUCGAGAAAUAUAUGCCUGGCUUCGAGUGCACCACCAACGAUCGCCAUGGGAUCAACCGUCAAGGCAAAUACGAAGAGUUGCCCCAGUCGGACCUGAAAGGGUUCAGCCUGGCCCCGGAUGGCAGCUUCUUAUACGUGCAGUCUCUCUGGCAACUCUUCCGCAGCAACCACACGAGUCUGGUUGUGGACGGUGUGCGUCGUGAGAUCAGACAAGGCGAUGAGAUCUACCGGUCGCGUUUCUUUGCGGACAUUGAUGGCUGGCCCAAACCAAAGACAUAG